GAUGUUGCGAAGAGCGGGGUUGCUAUGAAACGACGCCCACUUCCGUGUAACGCAAGCCUCCUGCUGACCAAUCCGGAGGCCCGGUCCCCCUCACCAGCGCGGAGCAGGGCUCGGCUACAAUGUAAACUGGGAAAACACAAGCUGGAGCACAGUAGUUUUAGGUCCAGCUGUGUGAGAUAGCUGUCCGUCAACGAGAAGAAACGAGGUGGGAGCGCAGCGCCGGGCCGCGCGCUGUUUCCAUGGACGUCGGCUGACGCGCGCAGCCAUGCGGCACCACUGGCUGCUCCUCGGGGCCUGCGGCUGGGUGCUGCUCAUCCUCAUGUUUGUCACCAGGUUCAUCAGCUUCAGAGCCGUGGACGACUAUGGAGAGAGGGUCGGCGGGCAGAGUGGGACAGUGCCCGGCGCCAAGGUGAAUAAACCCAUCCCUGUUUCCAGCCAAGAAAAAGCUGUUCCGAACUCAUCAGAUGAGCCCUCGGUGGUACCCACAGCGGCGGAUUGGCAGUCGGUCUCGGACAGGCGAAUCGAGUUGCUCUCGGCCGCCUGCAGGAACAGCAGCCUCAGGAAUUUGACCCACGUCUCAAUCAGCAAGUUCGUCCUGGACCGCAUCUUUGUCUGCGACAAGCACAAGAUCCUGUUCUGCCAGACGCCCAAAGUGGGCAACACGCAAUGGAAGAAGGUCCUCAUUGUGCUCAACGGAGCUUUCCCCACCGUGAACGAGAUCCCUGAAAACCUUGUUCACGACCACGAGAAAAACGGCCUGCCCCGCCUGUCGUCGCUCACGCCGCAGGAAGUAACCCACAGAUUAAACUCCUACUUCAAGUUCCUCAUUGUGCGAGAUCCCUUUGAGCGCUUAAUUUCUGCGUUCAAUGACAAGUUUGUGAAGAACCCGCGCUUCGAGCCCUGGUACAAGCACGACAUCGCCCCGGCCAUCAUCCGCAAGUACCGCAAGAGCCACCGCGACAGCAGCCUCGCCGCCUCCGGCCUGCACUUUGACGACUUUGUCCGUUACUUGGGCGACGCGGACGGCCGCCGCCGCAUGGACCGACAGUUCGGCGAGCACAUCAUUCACUGGGUGACUUAUGCGGAGUUGUGCGCGCCGUGCGAAAUACACUACAGCGUGGUCGGCCACCACGAGACACUGGAGCAGGACGCCCCGCACAUCCUUAAGGCGGCAGGAAUUGACCAGCUGGUGUCGUACCCCGCCAUUCCUCCGGGCAUCACUCGCUACAACAGGACCAAGGUGGAGCGCUUCUUCUCAGCCAUCAGCAAGCGCGACAUCAGGCGUCUCUACGCACGUUACCAGGGCGACUUCAGCCUGUUUGGUUACCCGAGCCCAGACUUUCUACUCAACUAAAACGAUUAACACGAACUAAAAGACAAUCCUCUCCACAUCCUAGGUUUACUGAGAGGCAGAGGUGUAUUGUAGCUGACCGACUGUAUGCAGUAGAUUCUAUAGUGCCGUUAUGGAGACAGGAGCUGUAGCUGAGCGUGCUACAGUGUCAUGGUACAGUAAAGAGCGAAAGACAGUGUUGCUACAGAAGAUGGGAUGCGAGAACAAGCCAAUCAAGUCACACGAUGAGAUUCAGCAGCGGUUAAAAAGUCGAAAAAAAAGAAUUGUACACUCUGUGUGUACAAAUGUCAAGGCACAGGUCAAAAGGAGGAAUAAUUUGCAACCUAGUAUUUAAUGUGUGUGGCAGUUAUAUGUCAGCGAAGUGUGCUCCGUGACGCCGGGGAUACAGGCCCGUUACCCUGUAGCGUAGCUGUUACAUAUUGCACUGUAGGAACUCGCCUGUUAAAAUGAGAGCCGUGAACGUUGCGAUGCGCUCAGACGUGGUUUGUGUCAAAUGUGUCCACUUCUCCCCAUCUUGCUAGACAUAUGCUAUCUGCUGAUAUGUGUGUGUAUCAGGGAUGCUUACUUUUUUUGGACAAGGAGAAAGAACAGCAAAAAUAUAUAAAUGGAUCAGGACUGACCAGACAUUUUUCAUUAAUGUUUUUAUAAAUCAGUGUUUACUUUUUUUUUUACAGUUUGAGUUUUGCUUUACACACGGCAUGUUAAUGUCUUGCAAGACACUAAAUUAUUCUUCAGAUGUCACUGAAAAGAAGACAGUGGUCAUGCUCUGAUUCAUACUGUAGCCGUUGUUCUAGUUUCUCCGCCUUGUUGACUCCUUUUUUUGUCCAGCCGUUCUAGAAGGAAAGUUGGCACUGGAUUUUAAAGGCUCAUUAUAAUUUUGUAUCAGAAAACGUACAGUGUAAAUGUUCUUAACAUGACUCGCAACUCAACAUUUGUAUAACAUGUUGCUAUUUAUAUUAAUAUUAACUUGCUGACCACAUGGCACAAAAAGUGUCUCGGUUGUAACAAGGUUCUUCCAGCAACCACCUGGUGAUCUUUUUGGACAGGUGGACGCGAUAUACAAGAACACAAGUUCGUAAUAAAAGCUCCAUAUGAAAUUUAAAAAAAA